AUGAAGACAACAACCAUCUCAGCCUUGGUCCUAGCCAUCGCUACUGCUGCCGUCGCCGCCCCAGGCAGACCGAAGAAUAAUGCACCCGCUGCACCCGCUGCUGCGACGAAAGCCACCUCGGCCAAGCCUGUUGCAUCAACUCCCAAACCCACUUCAACCAAGGCUGUCGCCUCGUCUGUCAAGACUCCUCACGCCAAAAUCAGCACAAAGGCCAAGACUCCCCCAGCCGGCGGUCCAAAGUCAAGUGUCACCCCGAAGAGUACGAAAGUGGCUUCAAGUGCUAAGGCUGCUGCGACUGGUACUGGUGCUGCUGGAGUGGCGGAUGCGUCUGCGGCGCCAGCUGGUGCGAACGCGAAGGCUGCUCAAAAGGUCCUGGCGUGCGGCAACCACAGUUUGAACAAGUCCGCUUCUGGCAUGGGGGCUGGGGCUCUCCCAGCUGCCACGGGUACUGCUAAGGCUGGGAACAAGGCCGCAGGUACGAAGGGUGCUAACCCCGCGGUGUCUACCAAGGGCGGAAAGCCUCCAGUGUCUACCAAGGCAGCUGUAUCGAACAAGGCCACGAACCCGAAAUUCUCAGCUCCGGUAGCAGGAAAGCCACCUUCAACAAAGGUGGGUGUGCCGAAGCAGACCAAGUCGAAGUCGAAGCGCUGGGCAGAACCAACCGACACCACACAGCCCACCCCUACCCCGACCGCAGCGCCCCGCGCCAUCGCCGCGCACGAGCUCACAACUCGUGAUGUCUCCAGCAUCUCCAGCGUUGCGAUCAUGGCGAGCAUGGCUGCCGCUAGAGGUGAUGACAGUGAGCUCUUGUCCAGAGCGCUGGGGGUCAGUGAGAUGAUUACGACCUCGAACUCGAGUGCGACUGUGUUGCCAUUCAUUCAGGCGCGCGAUCCGGCUGAUAUUGUCGUCUCUAUUCACGGGGAGACUGUGACGAAGACUGUUACUGCUGAGGCGGAGCCGAGUGCGGUGGAGUUCAAUUUCAGUGUGGGAGAGGAUGAUGAUCAUGAUGACCUCGACGACGACGUUCUGGGCGACGACGGCCAUGACCUUGACGACGACUUCAGCUCACUGCCUUUUUUAGGCGGUGAGGGCUUUUCGGACAGCAACCUUACUGACGACAUCGGGCUCGUGAAGCGUACAGAAGAUACGUUUUCAGACUCUUCUGAUCUCGUCGCUCGUGGGCCAGGGCGUGGGGGGCGAGGCGGAGGCUUGGGCGGCAUAGUGUCGGAACUCAUUUCUUACGGAAUUGACAAGGAACAGGAGGCCAAGAGGCUCAAGGAAGAAAAAGCCAGGCAGGACGAGGAGAACAGGCUUAAGGAGGAGAAGCUUAAGGAGGAAAAGGCGAGAGAGGAAAAGGAGAAAGAGGAGAAAACGGCGACGUCUACAGAUCCGCCAGGAUCUGCUACAGUCCCGGACCCAUUUGGGCUCAGCUUCGGUUCACAACUUAGCGACCUCAUCGAUAUGUUCGAUGGUAAGGAGUCUACGGCACCGUCAAGCUCGACAAGCACAUCUCCUACUUCGCCAUACCCGAUAUUUGGAGGGGAUCCUUCUGCCAUGUCAGCUGCGAGUGGUACUGCGCGGGCGGAGUUGCGACGACGUUCUUUGAAUUGCGACCUUAUCCAAUGGAAACCCCUGCUAGCAAAGGACCCCACCGGGCAUUGGGCGUCUCUUCAACAGUCGCAUUGUAUCGACUGGUCGCUGGCCUCAGAGGCUAAAGCGUCCAGUACGUCUGCAGACUCGUCUUCAUCAACGCCAGCAGAAGCCGUGACAACACCCACGUCAGCUGUUGAUGAGAGGUCCGCGCCGUACCCGAUGCCUGGAGGUGAUCCAUCUGCCAUGUCAGCGGCGAGCGGUACCGGGGGCGCGGGUUUGCGACGACGACACCCGGCGGAGGUUACAGGCUCGGACUCUAUUCCAACAGCUACUACUGGCCCCGAGUCAUUUUCUGCGGUUGACCCGGUUUUGGCGUCAUCGCCGUCAUCUACUCAGGUACUUCCUGCCUCAGUGCUAGCGGCACGUGAGCCUCCACCUCCCAGCGGUACUGAUCGACAUCGAUGGGGCGACACACCGCCUGUCGAGGGUAUCAUAGCGGAGAAUCUAGCAGUUUCCAUUCCAGCGAUAUCAAUCACACCUGCAGAUGGUGUUCCACCUGCCGUCCCGGGUGCGGGUGAAGGAGCUGCGCCAUACCCCAUACCUGGCGGCGAUCCGGCGUUGAAGGUCAUGGCAAGUGGCGCCAGCGGUGCAGCACUCGGACGUCGAGCAGCCGUGACUGGCGGUGGCGCAGGUAUGGGGGCUGCUGGGCCUUCGACCGGUGCGCUUCUACGCAGAAUGGCUGCCGUUACUGCUGGGAGCGCGGGUCUAGUGCCUGGUCUAGCUCCUACAGGGUCACCGGUCUCGAUGGCGCCUGGACAGACUGUUGCGCCGAGUGUAUCGACAGUCAGCCAAGGUUUGGGUAUUGCUAGCAGCCUCAUGGCCGGUAUUGGCACUGAAAUUGACAAUAUCUUUGGCAAGAGAGCAGCAGAGUCCGACGAAGCGAAUCAUGCACGCCUGACGCUGCAGAAGAGAGGACUCGGGGUGCCAGAAGAAUCAACAGAACCAGACUCUUCGACUGUGCGGGACGUCUUACUCGUUGCAGACUAUUUGGAAACUGCCAUGAAGUUUGUGAUCCUGCAAGAUCGGAAGCCUGAGAUUUGUACUGAUGUACAUGAUGACUGCGCAGAGAGGCUGUCGACCUUGUGGGAUGAGACCGCGCAGAUGGCCUACAAGGAAGGCUACCAUCAGAGCUUUUUCGAAGAGAUUGUCAAAGAUAUGGGCUCGAAUCGGACUGUGCCAUCCGCGCCGGAGGGGAUGGAACAUGGCCCUUUGCCGAAUGAUCUGCAGGACCGCUUUACAGUGUCCAAGUACUUGGAAACUGCCUUCAAGCUCGUGACGCUGCAAGAUCAGAAGCCCGAAACUUGCACUGAUGUACAUGACGACUGCGAAGAGAGGACCUCGACCUUCUUCAAUGACACUGCACAGAUGGCCUGCGAAAGACUUGACUAUGAUCAGAGCUAUGUUCAGGAACAGCUCAAGUACAUGGGCUCGAAUCGAACGGUGCCACCCUCGCCGAAGGAGCAGGAACGCUCCUCGUAUUUGCUGCAGAACUCGACGGGUGAGCACAAUGGGUCGAGUGUGGAGAAUAAGCGGAAGAGAUCUCCAUUGAACCUGGAGGAAUACACGCAUGGCCCAGAGUCUUCCACGCCCCAGAUCGACCCGGCGGUCCAGCAGUACCUGCAGUCGAGCUUCAAGACUCUAUACUACCAGACCCGUGUACCCGGCUUUUGCUCUGGAUCCGAAUGCGGCGUCAAGGUCGCCAAGCACUGCAACAUGAUCGUCCGGUAUGCCUACAAGCACAAAUGUAGUCACCACAUGGUCCAGCGCAUGAUCGACGCUGCAGGCUUGAAGCACACGGCACCUCCUCCUAGCUUGAUGGAGAAGCGGUCUUCCAGCAGUCGCCCAAACAAUCGCCCAGGCAACAGCACGGGAGGUAUAGGAGGAGGCAGUGGUCUAGCCGGUGGUAGAGGUAGCGGUAUCCCACAGUACAGCGCCCAAGCAGAAGCGCAAUACGUUCAGCAGACAGCCAUGGACAUCAGACGGAGAAUCAAUCGAAGCAAUAUCGACUUCUGGGCAAGUGCUGAAGGCCAGCAAGAACUGGCGGAGGACUUCGGCGUCAGGAUUAUGUUCUCGCGUAGAGGCGGUAACGGACCCUGGUACAUCCAAGAAGGCGCAUCGGCUAUUCACAUUAUGCUGCAGCAAUACCUUCGUACCACCACCAACAACCCUGGACGUCUAGAAGAUCCAGAACAUAUACCUCGGCUGCGACAGGCCCAGCAGUAUAGUGCGGACGUUUCUCGUAAUCCCAGCGCCUGGCUGGCACCUGACUGGGGAUUGCCUGCGGGUGUGAAUCGAACAGCGGACCCUCAGCAAGUAAAUCCUCCGCCAGCCUAUGCCCCCAACGACCCUCAAAAUGCACGCUUGCCCGCUUAUGAUGAGUACGACAAUCCUCCGCCACCGGGGCCAAGGCGAAAGAGAUCAGCACUUGAAGCGCGCCUCGACAAGACAGACAAUCUCAUCGCUGCCAUAAUCAGAGACGGCCUGGAGUACGUCAGCAAAUAUCAGAAUACCGAGAAGCUCCUUCUACGCCUGCGAAGCAUCACAACUGAAGUCAUCGGCAUCGCAGAGGAUCAUGAAGUCGACGAGAACACACUCAGAGGCUACAUCAAGGGGGCAUCCGUCAAGAAAUCCAUGUUACCUACCGGAUUCUCGAUGGUGCCCUCUUUUGUCGACGACGAAAGGUCCGACUCGUACAGCAGUAUGGCAGACACCGGCUCAUACAGCAUCAGCACUUCCUCCUACACUGAAUCGUACCACAGCAUCACGACCUCUUCAUACCACAGUGGGUCGUCGCACGGGUACUAUGGCACAUCUGCCGGCUCAAGCUAUGGAUCGAGCGCCUACUCCCGCUCGAGUACUACCACCAGUCCGUAUUAUGGUUCCUAUACCAGCUCGCCUUACAGCAUAGUAACAUCAUCCCAUGAUCAACAAGGUAGCUGUGAAGAAUUCGGUUCAUGUCACGACAAGAGGUCAGAACCAUCGACCAUCUCCACCAUGACUAUGUUAACCACCACGACUAUUUCUACCACCACAACUAUCUCUCCCACCACGACUCUCUCUCCCACCACGAAUGUCUCCACCACGACUGCUGCAGUGACAGAGUCUACGUCUUUGGCCACUGAGCCCACAAAUCUUCCUCGCCACGCAGUGAACGACCUUGACAGCUACCUACUAUCUCCACCAAACCCUGAUGGCAAUGGAACGGUGCCCAGUGUUGCUGGCGUCAAGCGUAGUCCCGCCAAGCAUGACAACAGCGUGUCUCAAGACAAUCGUAGCGGGUCUGGACCUGGAUAUGCUCGUGUGAAGCGCACUCCUGGCAAGAAAGACGAAUUCAAGAAGACCUGCAAAUUCUGGGACAAGAAGAAGAAAAAAUGCUUGAAGUAUGAGAAGCCAAAGUUACAGAUCUCCAACCCCAUCCCGAUACAGGACAAGCAGUUCAAUAGUGGACAUCCUGGUCUUCAAGGCAAUGUUGCUAACCCGCAGCCGGUAAGUGGCAGUGGUCAACAGCCCGGCUCACACCACGGUCCUGGAAGUAGUCAAGGAUCUAGUACUGGUCAGACUCCUGGACAGGGUCAAAACACUGGCAGUGGUCAAGACUUUGGUCCUCAACCUGGCAAUCAUGGCUCCACACCAAAUCGCUUUGGAGGAGACGGAGCAAGCGGCCACACUCAGUUCGAAGAGGAUCAUUCGUCCAUCGCCUCGAGUGACUGUACCAGUCAUCCGUCAGGAUCAGAAUGCUCAGAUGUCUCGAGCGGCUUCGCAGAUGUUGGUGCAGGAGAGGGCGAUAUCAUGUUCCACGCAAACGAUCUCCCACAAGGCGGCAACGGCGAAGGCAGCAGCAACGGUCAAACACCUGCAGGAGGCAACCAGCACCACAAGUCGAACACGCCACACAGCCAGUCGAAGCGCAGUCCCAAGAGUCUCGAACCUGAAGAUCAGGCAAGAGACCUAGCAUCCGACCACCUUGUCGGCCUUCUCGACAAAAGGAACGCACAUGAAGAUGCACAAUCCAAGCGCAGUCCCAGGGGCUCCGGGCCUGGACAUAGAACUGGAAGUACUCCUCCCAAACCAUCAACCACCACCUCUCCCAAGCAGAGCACUUCUCCUCAAGGAUCAUCACCUAUACCCAGCGACAUCCUUAAAUCCACCGUCAAGUACUCCGAGAGUGAAUGGUGGAAGAUAUACAAAUGCCAGAAAGACCCCGCAGACCCUACGAAGAUCAGCUGCACGUCUCCCGGGGGACACAAUGCAAGCCCUGGUGUUGUGACAAAGCAUCAACAGGCCAUAGACCUGGCACGUACCGGUGUCAACCAGGCCAAGGAGCACGGUGUAGUGGAUAAAAUAACGGAUGUGGCAAAGAAUCACGGAGGCGGCUUGUUCGGCGGAAAGCCAGCUCGUCGAGAUACUGGAUCCGCGCAGCCCAGUACAGGACCUUACCCACGUCGCGACUCCGGGAUUGCGAUGAGCAGUGGCGGGCUUCUCCCUCUUCAAGGAGGAGCAGCAGAACAGACUGGCGCCCCCUACGCGCGCCGUAAUGCUGGCUCCGCACAAGCCAGCGGCGUAAUCCAGGCUCGACAAGGACCUGUGGGAGUGACUGGCAUUCCUCAAGCUAGACGACGUCAAGCGACUGGUGCUCUCAAUCCUGUUGGUGAGGCAUCGGCAACGACACUACUUGUGCGCAGAAGCCCGGUGCCUACUGCGCCGUUGGCUGUGCCGGGUGUGAAGCGGUAUGAGACUACUGUUUAUUGA